AUGAUUUCCAUUGCAGGGUAAGGAGUGGCUAUGUCUGACCUGCCAGAUGCAGAGAGCACUCGGAGGCUCUUACCCACCUGGACCCCCUAAGAUGAAGCCCCAGCCUUCACCCAACAAAGCCUCUACAUCUCCUGCACCACAGAACAAAGACACUCCAACACCAGACUCCCCUCAGAGAAAACCUGCUACAUCAGCAACACAGCCACCCAAGACAGAGGUUGCUAAAGCAGCAGACCCUCAGAAACAGCUCAGCUCAGCUCCUGCUCAGAAGACAAUACAGGAGAACCGGAGAACAUCAGAGCUUCAGAAACCACCAGAGCAGCCAGGCCAACUUGGGCUUAAGCAGAGUAAUGCUACCCCAUCCACACAGCAGGAGCCUGGGAAGCCUCAAAGAAGUGGAGCCUCUCCUGCCAAAGCUGUGCCACCAGAGGCCCAGCCCACCAAGAAGGAGUCAGGGGGAUUCUUCGACUUUGGUGGUCCUAAAUCUCAGCCUGCCCCCUCAAAGCCUGAAGAGUCAGUGUCUGGGAAGAUGUUUGGCUUUGGCUCCUCUAUCUUCAGCUCUGCAUCCACUUUGAUCACCUCAGCUGUUCAGGAUGAGCCCCGCUUCACACCGCCAGCUUCCCCCAAGGUGUCUGCACCGGUCCAGGCUUCUCCCAAGAUGCCCCCUGCAAAGGAGAUCAAACUACCUGCUGCUCAGAGAGCAGAUGAGAAGAAAGCAGAGCAACCCCAGCAGGCCACGUUUCCCCCAUCAGUACAGGCCAAAGUGGACAAACCCCCAUCAGAGCCUCCAAAGGGAGCAGCAUCCUCCCAACCAGCUCCCAAAGCAGGCCAGUCCACCUGUCCACUCUGCAAGGUGGAACUCAACAAGGGCUCCAAGGACCCUCCCAACUACAACACCUGCACGGAAUGCAAGAACACUGUCUGCAACCUCUGUGGAUUCAACCCCAUGCCACAUGUUACCGAGGUGAAGGAGUGGAUGUGUUUGAACUGCCAGACGAAGAGAAUGGAAUCCCCAGGACCUCCCAUGAUAAAACCCCAACCUUCUCCCAACAACGGUUCUGCACCUCAGAGGACCACUGUCCCACCCAGCACACCCCAAAAGAAAGGCACUCCAACACCAGACUCCCCUCAGAGGAAACCUGCUACAUCAGCAACACAGCCACCCAAGACAGAGGUUGCUAAUGCAGCAGAUCCUAAGAAACCUGCCAGCUCAGCUCCUGCUCAGAAGACAAUACAGGAGAACCGGAGAACAUCAGGGCUUCAGAAACCACCAGAGCAGCCAGGCCAACCUGGGCUUAAGCAGAGUAAUGCUUCCCCAUCCACACAGCAGGAGCCUGGGAAGCCUCCAAAAAGUGGAGCCUCUCCUGCCAAAGCUGUGCCACCAGAGGCCCAGCCCACCAAAGAGCAGUCAGGGGGUUUCUCCGACUUUGGUGGUGCUACAUCUCAGCCUGCUCAGUCAAAGCCUGAAGAGCCAGUGUCUGGGAAGAUGUUUGGCUUUGGCUCCUCUAUCUUCAGCUCUGCAUCCACUUUGAUCACCUCAGCUGUUCAGGAUGAGCCCCGCUUCACACCGCCAGCUUCCCCCAAGGUGUCUGCACCGGUCCAGGCCUCUCCCAAGAUGCCCCCUGCAAAGGAGAUCAAACUACCUGCUGCUCAGAGAGCAGAUGAGAAGAAAGCAGAGCAACCCCAGCAGGCCACGUUUCCCCCAUCAGUACAGGCCAAAGUGGACAAACCCCCAUCAGAGCCUCCAAAGGGAGCAGCAUCCUCCCAACCAGCUCCCAAAGCAGGCCAGUCCACCUGUCCACUCUGCAAGGUGGAACUCAACAAGGGCUCCAAGGACCCUCCCAACUACAACACCUGCACGGAAUGCAAGAACACUGUCUGCAACCUCUGUGGAUUCAACCCCAUGCCAAACGUUUCUGAGGUGAAGGAGUGGCUGUGCCUGAACUGUCAGAUGCAGAGAGCACUAGGAGGAAUGGAAGAUCCAGAACAUCCCAUGAUGAAACCCAAACCUUCACCCAACCAAGUCUCAGCUCCUGCUGCUGCUCGAAAGAAAGACACUCCAACAUCAUCUGGUCCCUAUAAAGUAGCCACUGCACCAGCUUCACCCAAAAAGGAGCCAGUGAUUCGAACCUCUCAGCCUGUCCCCUCAAAACCUAAAGACUCUGUGUCUGGGAAGAUGUUUGGCUUUGGCUCCUCCAUCUUUAGCUCUGCAUCCACGUUGAUCACCUCAGCUGUUCAGGAUGAGUCCCGCACCACACCGCCAGCUUCUCCCAAGGUGUCUACAACAGCCCAGGCCUCUCCCAAGAUGCCCCCUGCAAAGGAGAUCAAACCACCUGCUGCUCAGAAAUCAGAGGAGAAGAAAGCAGAGCAAUCACAGCAGGUCAAGGUUCCCCCAUCAGUACAGGCCAAAGUGGACAAACCCCCAUCAGAGCCUCCAAAGGGAGCAGCAUCCUCCCAACCAGCUCCCAAAGCAGGCCAAUCUACCUGUCCACUCUGCAAGGUGGAACUCAACAAGGGCUCCAAGGACCCUCCCAACUACAACACCUGCACAGAAUGCAAGAACACUGUCUGCAACCUCUGUGGAUUUAACCCCAUGACACAUGGAUCAGAGGUGAAGGAGUGGCUGUGUCUGAACUGCCAGAUGCAGAGAGCUCUUGGAGGAAUGGAACCCCCUGGAACUCCCAUGAUUAAACACUCGAUCAGCAAAGUCUUUACACCUGUUGCUCCUCAAAAGAAGGACACUCUCACCCCUGCUGGUGUUCCAAAAGUGGCCACUUCACCAACCUCUCAGCCUGUCCCCUCAAAACCUAAAGACUCUGUGUCUGGGAAGAUGUUUGGCUUUGGCUCCUCCAUCUUCAGCUCUGCAUCCACGUUGAUCACCUCAGAUGUUCAAGACGAGUCCCGCACCACACCGCCAGCUUCUCCCAAGGUGUCUGCAGCAGCCCAGGCCUCUCCCAAGAUGCCCCCUGCAAAGGAGACCAAACCACCUACUGUUCAGAAAGCAGAGGAGAAGAAAGCAGAGCAACCCCAGCAGGCCAAGGUCUCCCCAUCAGUACAGGCCAAAGUGGACAAACCCCCAUCAGAGCCUCCAAAGGUAGCAGCAUCCUCCCAACCAGCUCCCAAAGCAGGCCAAUCUACCUGUCCACUCUGCAAGGUGGAACUCAACAAGGGCUCCAAGGACCCUCCCAACUACAACACUUGCACAGAAUGCAAGAACACUGUCUGCAACCUCUGUGGAUUCAACCCCAUGCCAAACGUUCCUGAGGAGUGGCUGUGUCUGAACUGCCAGAUGCAGAGAGCUCCUGGAGGAAUGGAACCCCCAGGAUCCCCCAUUAUUAAACCGUCUCCCAACAAGGUGUCUGCACCUCAAACGGUCGCUGUCACACCCAGUGCAGGCCAAAAGGAUAUUGCAACAGCUGCUGCAUCUGCGAAGAAAGACAGUCAAACCCUAGGCUCCCCUCAAAGGAAACCAGUUCCCCCUGCAGCUGAAGUGUCAAAAGCUGAAGCUGCUAAAGCAGCAGAUACUCAAAAACCAGCCAGCCCUGUGCCUGCUCAGAAGGCUCUACUAGAGAAUCGGAGAACAUCAGAACCACCGAAACCACCACAGCAUCCCAGCCCUGGGCGUAGGGAGAGUAGUGCCUUCCCAGCCACACAGCAACCCCCCAAGCAGGAAUCAGGAGGCUUAUUUGGCUUUGGAGGUCCUAAAUCUCAGUCUGCCUCCUCAAAGCCUGAAGAGUCAGUGUCGGGGAAGAUGUUUGGCUUUGGCUCGUCCAUCUUCAGCUCUGCCUCCACUUUUAUUACGCCAGCGGUUCAGGAGGAGCCCCGCACCACACCACCAGCUUCCCCCAAGGUGGCUGCACCUGUUGCACUUCAAAAGAAGGAGACUCACACACCAGUUGGUCCCCGAAAAGUGGCCCCUACUACAGCCUCAGCCAAAAAGGAAACCGUGACCCCUGCUUCAAUGAAAGAGAAGAACGCACCAGAACCAGGCUCGCCACAGAAGAAGCAGAUUUCUCAGACAGUGGCUUCACAGCAGGACCAGAAGCUAGUGGACAUACCGACUCCAACACUUGUCCAACAACCUCCACAACAGAAUACUCUACAACAACAAGGACAGCCCUCAGCAGAGGCACCAAAAUCAGAGCCUGAUAUAUCAAUAGUUGAAGCUGCUAAAGCAGCAGACACUCAAAAUCUGGCAAGCCAUGGGCCUGCUCAGAAGGCACCACAGGGGAACCGGAGAACAUCAGAACCACCAAAACCACCACAACAGCCUAGACCUGGACGUAGGCAGAGUAGUGCCAUCCCAGCCACACAGCAAUCGCCCAAGCAUGAGUCUGGAGGCUUAUUUGGCUUUGGUGGUGCUAAAUCUGAAUCUUUCCCCUCAAAGCCUGAAGAGUCAGUGUCUGGGAAGAUGUUUGGCUUUGGCUCCUCCAUCUUCAGCUCUGCGUCCACUUUGAUCACCUCAGCUGUUCAUGAGGAGCCCCGCACCAUACCGCCAGCUUACCCCAAGGUGUCUGCAGCAGCCCAGGCCUCUCCCAAGAUUCCCCCUGCAAAGGAGACAAAACCACCUGCUGUUCAGAAAGCAGAUGAGAAGAAAGCAGAGCAACUACAGCAGGCCAAGGUCUCCCCAUCAGUACAGGCCAAAGUGGACAAACCCCCAUCAGCUCCUCCAAAGGGUACAGCAUCCUCCCAACCAGCACCCAAAGCAGGCCAAUCUACCUGUCCACUCUGCAAGGUGGAACUCAACAAGGGCUCCAAGGACCCUCCCAACUACAACACCUGCACAGAAUGCAAGAACACUGUCUGCAACCUCUGUGGAUUUAACCCCAUGCCACAUGAAACAGUGAAGGAAUGGCUCUGUCUGACCUGCCAGAUGCAGAGAGCACUUGGAGCAGUGGAACCCCCAGGACCUCCCAUGAUGAAAUCCCAACCGUUGCCCAGCAUAGUCUCUACACCUGUUGCACUUCAAAAGGAGAUUGUCACACCUGCUGCAUCUCCAAAGCCGACUCCAGCUCCAGCUAAACCCCAGAAGGAGGAGAUCCCAGUACCUGCGGCUGGCCAACAAGAGAUCACUCCACCCACUGUACUUCAGGAGACACCAUUUCCCGCUGGAACCCCAGCACCAAAUGCAGACAAAAAGGAGGAGACCCCACCACUAGGAUCCUCACAAAAGAAACAAGCUUCACCUGCUCUGGCUGAGAAGGAGAAUCAAGAACCUAUAAUUGUACAGAAACCAGUGGACCAACCAAUUACAGCCACACCCAAAACCAGUGGAGCUGCUACACCUGUACAGCAGCCAGAAAAGCAAACUCCUCCACUGCAACAGCCUGCUUCAAAGGCAUCCCAACAAGUACAGCCCCAGCAAGCUCCAAAGCCAGAUCUCGAAACUGCUUCCCUAAAUGAGCCAAUGACUCCUGCUUCAGAGAAAGAGAAGAAGAAUCCAGCACCAAGGUCACCACAGAAGGAAUUAUCUCCAGCUUUGGCUUCACAGCAGGACAAAACGCCAGUGGACAAAUCAACUCCAACCCCUGUCCAACACCCUCCACACCAAGAGACUCCACAACAACAAGAGCAACAACGUCAGCCUCUAACAGGGACACCGAAAGGAGAGCCUGGGAAGCCUCAACAACAGCUUCCAAAAGGUGGAGCCUCUUAUGCAAAAUCUGUACCACCGCCACAGGCCCAGCCCCCCAAGCAGGAGUCAGGAGGCUUCUUUGGCUUUGGUGGUGCUAAAUCUCAGCCUGCUCAGUCAAAGCCUGAAGACUCAGUGUCUGGUAAGAUGCUUGGCUUUGGCUCCUCUAUCUUCAGCUCUGCAUCCACUUUGAUCACCUCAGCUGUUCAGGAUGAGCACCGCACCACACCUCCAGCUUCCCCCAAGGUGUCUAUGACUCCUGCUUUAGUGAAAGAGACCCCAGCAGCAGGCUCGUCACAGAAGAAGGAGGUAUCCCCGACAGUGGUUUGCCAGCAGGACCAGAAGCCAGUGGACAGACCGACUCCAACACUUGUCCAACAACCUCCACAACAGAAGACUCUACAACAACAAGGACAGCCCUCAGCAGAGGCACCAAAAUCAGAGCCUGAUAUAUCAAUAGUUGAAGCUGCUACAGCAGCAGACACUCAAAAUCCGGCAAGCCCAGUGCCUGCUCAGAAGGCUCCACGGGAGAAUCGGAGAACAUCAGAACCUCAUAAACCCCCACAGCAGCCCAGCCCUGGGCGUAGGGAGAGUAGUGCCUUCCCAGCCACAAAGCAACCCCCCAAGCAGGAAUCAGGAGGCUUAUUUGGCUUUGGCGGUCCCAAAUCUCAGUCUGCCUCCUCAAAGCCUGAAGAGUCAGUGUCUGGGAAGAUGUUUGGCUUUGGCUCGUCCAUCUUCAGCUCUGCCUCCACUUUGAUAACAUCAGUUGUUCAGGACGAGCCCCGCACCACACCGCCAGCUUCCCCCAAGAUGUCUGCACUGGCCCAGACCUCCCCCAAGAUGCCCCCUGCAAAGGAGACCAAACUACCUGCUGCUCAGAAAGCAGAGGAGAAGAAAGCAGCUCAUCCCCAGAAGGCCAAUGUCCCCCCAUCAGUACAUGCCAAAGUGGACAAACCCCCAUCAGCUCCUCCAAAGGGUACAGCAUCCUCCCAACCAGCACCCAAAGCAGGCCAAUCUACCUGUCCACUCUGCAAGGUGGAACUCAACAAGGGCUCCAAGGACCCUCCCAACUACAACACCUGCACAGAAUGCAAGAACACUGUCUGCAACCUCUGUGGAUUUAACCCCAUGCCACAUGAAACAGUGAAGGAAUGGCUCUGUCUGACCUGCCAGAUGCAGAGAGCACUCGGAGCAGUGGAACCCCCAGGACCUCCCAUGAUGAAAUCCCAACCGUUGCCCAGCAUAGUCUCUACACCUGUUGCACUUCAAAAGGAGAUUGUCACACCUGCUGCAUCUCCAAAGCCGACUCCAGCUCCAGCUAAACCCCAGAAGGAAGAGAUCCCAGUACCUGCGGCUGGCCAACAAGAGAUCACUCCACCCACUGUACUUCAGGAGACACCAUUUCCCGCUGGAACCCCAGCACCAAAUGCAGACAAAAAGGAGGAGACCCCACCACUAGGAUCCUCACAAAAGAAACAAGCUUCACCUGCUCUGGCUGAGAAGGAGAAUCAAGAACCUAUAAUUGUACAGAAACCAGUGGACCAACCAAUUCCAGCCACACCCAAAACCAGUGGAGCUGCUACACCUGUACAGCAGCCAGAAAAGCAAACUCCUCCACUGCAACAGCCUGCUUCAAAGGCAUCCCAACAAGUACAGCCCCAGCAAGCUCCAAAGCCAGACCUCGAAACUGCUCCCCUAAAUGAGCCAAUGACUCCUGCUUCAGAGAAAGAGAAGAAGAACUCAGCACCAGGGUCACCACAGAAGGAAUUAUCUCCAGCAGUGGCUUCACAGCAGGACAAAACGCCAGUGGACAAAUCAACUCCAACCCCUGUCCAACACCCUCCACACCAAGAGACUCCACAACAACACGAGCAACAACGUCAGCCUCUAUCAGGGACACCGAAAGGAGAGCCUGGGAAGCCUCAACAACAGCUUCCAAAAGGUGGAGCCUCUUAUGCUAAAUCUGUACCACCACCACAGGCCCAGCCCCCCAAGCAGGAGUCAGGAGGCUUCUUUGGCUUUGGUGGGGCUAAAUCUCAGCCUGCUCAGUCAAAGCCUGAAGACUCAGUGUCUGGGAAGAUGCUUGGCUUUGGCUCCUCUAUCUUCAGCUCUGCAUCCACUUUGAUCACCUCAGCUGUUCAGGAUGAGCACCGCACCACACCUCCAGCUUCCCCCAAGGUGUCUAUGACUCCUGCUUUAGUGAAAGAGACCCCAGCAGCAGGCUCGUCACAGAAGAAGGAGGUAUCCCCGACAGUGGUUUGCCAGCAGGACCAGAAGCCAGUGGACAGACCGACUCCAACACUUGUCCAACAACCUCCACAACAGAAGACUCUACAACAACAAGGACAGCCCUCAGCAGAGGCACCAAAAUCAGAGCCUGAUAUAUCAAUAGUUGAAGCUGCUACUGCAGCAGACACUCAAAAUCCGGCAAGCCCAGUGCCUGCUCAGAAGGCUCCACUGGAGAAUCGGAGAACAUCAGAACCUCAUAAACCCCCACAGCAGCCCAGCCCUGGGCGUAGGGAGAGUAGUGCCUUCCCAGCCACAAAGCAACCCCCCAAGCAGGAAUCAGGAGGCUUAUUUGGCUUUGGAGGUCCCAAAUCUCAGUCUGCCUCCUCAAAGCCUGAAGAGUCAGUGUCUGGGAAGAUGUUUGGCUUUGGCUCGUCCAUCUUCAGCUCUGCCUCCACUUUGAUAACAUCAGUUGUUCAGGACGAGCCCCGCACCACACCGCCAGCUUCCCCCAAGAUGUCUGCACUGGCCCAGACCUCCCCCAAGAUGCCCCCUGCAAAGGAGACCAAACUACCUGCUGCUCAGAAAGCAGAGGAGAAGAAAGCAGCGCAUCCCCAGAAGGCCAAUGUCCCCCCAUCAGUACAUGCCAAAGUGGACAAACCCCCAUCAGCUCCUCCAAAGGGUACAGCAUCCUCCCAACCAGCACCCAAAGCAGGCCAAUCUACCUGUCCACUCUGCAAGGUGGAACUCAACAAGGGCUCCAAGGACCCUCCCAACUACAACACCUGCACAGAAUGCAAGAACACUGUCUGCAACCUCUGUGGAUUUAACCCCAUGCCACAUGAAACAGUGAAGGAAUGGCUCUGUCUGACCUGCCAGAUGCAGAGAGCACUUGGAGCAGUGGAACCCCCAGGACCUCCCAUGAUGAAAUCCCAACCGUUGCCCAGCAUAGUCUCUACACCUGUUGCACUUCAAAAGGAGAUUGUCACACCUGCUGCAUCUCCAAAGCCGACUCCAGCUCCAGCUAAACCCCAGAAGGAGGAGAUCCCAGUACCUGCGGCUGGCCAACAAGAGAUCACUCCACCCACUGUACUUCAGGAGACACCAUUUCCCGCUGGAACCCCAGCACCAAAUGCAGACAAAAAGGAGGAGACCCCACCACUAGGAUCCUCACAAAAGAAACAAGCUUCACCUGCUCUGGCUGAGAAGGAGAAUCAAGAACCUAUAAUUGUACAGAAACCAGUGGACCAACCAAUUACAGCCACACCCAAAACCAGUGGAGCUGCUACACCUGUACAGCAGCCAGAAAAGCAAACUCCUCCACUGCAACAGCCUGCUUCAAAGGCAUCCCAACAAGUACAGCCCCAGCAAGCUCCAAAGCCAGAUCUCGAAACUGCUUCCCUAAAUGAGCCAAUGACUCCUGCUUCAGAGAAAGAGAAGAAGAAUCCAGCACCAAGGUCACCACAGAAGGAAUUAUCUCCAGCUUUGGCUUCACAGCAGGACAAAACGCCAGUGGACAAAUCAACUCCAACCCCUGUCCAACACCCUCCACACCAAGAGACUCCACAACAACAAGAGCAACAACGUCAGCCUCUAACAGGGACACCGAAAGGAGAGCCUGGGAAGCCUCAACAACAGCUUCCAAAAGGUGGAGCCUCUUAUGCAAAAUCUGUACCACCGCCACAGGCCCAGCCCCCCAAGCAGGAGUCAGGAGGCUUCUUUGGCUUUGGUGGUGCUAAAUCUCAGCCUGCUCAGUCAAAGCCUGAAGACUCAGUGUCUGGUAAGAUGCUUGGCUUUGGCUCCUCUAUCUUCAGCUCUGCAUCCACUUUGAUCACCUCAGCUGUUCAGGAUGAGCACCGCACCACACCUCCAGCUUCCCCCAAGGUGUCUAUGACUCCUGCUUUAGUGAAAGAGACCCCAGCAGCAGGCUCGUCACAGAAGAAGGAGGUAUCCCCGACAGUGGUUUGCCAGCAGGACCAGAAGCCAGUGGACAGACCGACUCCAACACUUGUCCAACAACCUCCACAACAGAAGACUCUACAACAACAAGGACAGCCCUCAGCAGAGGCACCAAAAUCAGAGCCUGAUAUAUCAAUAGUUGAAGCUGCUACAGCAGCAGACACUCAAAAUCCGGCAAGCCCAGUGCCUGCUCAGAAGGCUCCACUGGAGAAUCGGAGAACAUCAGAACCUCAUAAACCCCCACAGCAGCCCAGCCCUGGGCGUAGGGAGAGUAGUGCCUUCCCAGCCACAAAGCAACCCCCCAAGCAGGAAUCAGGAGGCUUAUUUGGCUUUGGCGGUCCCAAAUCUCAGUCUGCCUCCUCAAAGCCUGAAGAGUCAGUGUCUGGGAAGAUGUUUGGCUUUGGCUCGUCCAUCUUCAGCUCUGCCUCCACUUUGAUAACAUCAGUUGUUCAGGACGAGCCCCGCACCACACCGCCAGCUUCCCCCAAGAUGUCUGCACUGGCCCAGACCUCCCCCAAGAUGCCCCCUGCAAAGGAGACCAAACUACCUGCUGCUCAGAAAGCAGAGGAGAAGAAAGCAGCUCAUCCCCAGAAGGCCAAUGUCCCCCCAUCAGUACAUGCCAAAGUGGACAAACCCCCAUCAGCUCCUCCAAAGGGUACAGCAUCCUCCCAACCAGCACCCAAAGCAGGCCAAUCUACCUGUCCACUCUGCAAGGUGGAACUCAACAAGGGCUCCAAGGACCCUCCCAACUACAACACCUGCACAGAAUGCAAGAACACUGUCUGCAACCUCUGUGGAUUUAACCCCAUGCCACAUGAAACAGUGAAGGAAUGGCUCUGUCUGACCUGCCAGAUGCAGAGAGCACUCGGAGCAGUGGAACCCCCAGGACCUCCCAUGAUGAAAUCCCAACCGUUGCCCAGCAUAGUCUCUACACCUGUUGCACUUCAAAAGGAGAUUGUCACACCUGCUGCAUCUCCAAAGCCGACUCCAGCUCCAGCUAAACCCCAGAAGGAAGAGAUCCCAGUACCUGCGGCUGGCCAACAAGAGAUCACUCCACCCACUGUACUUCAGGAGACACCAUUUCCCGCUGGAACCCCAGCACCAAAUGCAGACAAAAAGGAGGAGACCCCACCACUAGGAUCCUCACAAAAGAAACAAGCUUCACCUGCUCUGGCUGAGAAGGAGAAUCAAGAACCUAUAAUUGUACAGAAACCAGUGGACCAACCAAUUCCAGCCACACCCAAAACCAGUGGAGCUGCUACACCUGUACAGCAGCCAGAAAAGCUAACUCCUCCACUGCAACAGCCUGCUUCAAAGGCAUCCCAACAAGUACAGCCCCAGCAAGCUCCAAAGCCAGACCUCGAAACUGCUCCCCUAAAUGAGCCAAUGACUCCUGCUUCAGAGAAAGAGAAGAAGAACUCAGCACCAGGGUCACCACAGAAGGAAUUAUCUCCAGCAGUGGCUUCACAGCAGGACAAAACGCCAGUGGACAAAUCAACUCCAACCCCUGUCCAACACCCUCCACACCAAGAGACUCCACAACAACACGAGCAACAACGUCAGCCUCUAUCAGGGACACCGAAAGGAGAGCCUGGGAAGCCUCAACAACAGCUUCCAAAAGGUGGAGCCUCUUAUGCUAAAUCUGUACCACCACCACAGGCCCAGCCCCCCAAGCAGGAGUCAGGAGGCUUCUUUGGCUUUGGUGGGGCUAAAUCUCAGCCUGCUCAGUCAAAGCCUGAAGACUCAGUGUCUGGGAAGAUGCUUGGCUUUGGCUCCUCUAUCUUCAGCUCUGCAUCCACUUUGAUCACCUCAGCUGUUCAGGAUGAGCACCGCACCACACCUCCAGCUUCCCCCAAGGUGUCUAUGACUCCUGCUUUAGUGAAAGAGACCCCAGCAGCAGGCUCGUCACAGAAGAAGGAGGUAUCCCCGACAGUGGUUUGCCAGCAGGACCAGAAGCCAGUGGACAGACCGACUCCAACACUUGUCCAACAACCUCCACAACAGAAGACUCUACAACAACAAGGACAGCCCUCAGCAGAGGCACCAAAAUCAGAGCCUGAUAUAUCAAUAGUUGAAGCUGCUACUGCAGCAGACACUCAAAAUCCGGCAAGCCCAGUGCCUGCUCAGAAGGCUCCACUGGAGAAUCGGAGAACAUCAGAACCUCAUAAACCCCCACAGCAGCCCAGCCCUGGGCGUAGGGAGAGUAGUGCCUUCCCAGCCACAAAGCAACCCCCCAAGCAGGAAUCAGGAGGCUUAUUUGGCUUUGGAGGUCCCAAAUCUCAGUCUGCCUCCUCAAAGCCUGAAGAGUCAGUGUCUGGGAAGAUGUUUGGCUUUGGCUCGUCCAUCUUCAGCUCUGCCUCCACUUUGAUAACAUCAGUUGUUCAGGACGAGCCCCGCACCACACCGCCAGCUUCCCCCAAGAUGUCUGCACUGGCCCAGACCUCCCCCAAGAUGCCCCCUGCAAAGGAGACCAAACUACCUGCUGCUCAGAAAGCAGAGGAGAAGAAAGCAGCGCAUCCCCAGAAGGCCAAUGUCCCCCCAUCAGUACAUGCCAAAGUGGACAAACCCCCAUCAGCUCCUCCAAAGGGUACAGCAUCCUCCCAACCAGCACCCAAAGCAGGCCAAUCUACCUGUCCACUCUGCAAGGUGGAACUCAACAAGGGCUCCAAGGACCCUCCCAACUACAACACCUGCACAGAAUGCAAGAACACUGUCUGCAACCUCUGUGGAUUUAACCCCAUGCCACAUGAAACAGUGAAGGAAUGGCUCUGUCUGACCUGCCAGAUGCAGAGAGCACUCGGAGCAGUGGAACCCCCAGGACCUCCCAUGAUGAAAUCCCAACCGUUGCCCAGCAUAGUCUCUACACCUGUUGCACUUCAAAAGGAGAUUGUCACACCUGCUGCAUCUCCAAAGCCGACUCCAGCUCCAGCUAAACCCCAGAAGGAAGAGAUCCCAGUACCUGCGGCUGGCCGACAAGAGAUCACUCCACCCACUGUACUUCAGAAGACACCAAUUCCUGCUGGAACCCCAGCACCAAAUGCAGACAAAAAGGAGGAGACCCCACCACUAGGAUCCUCACAAAAGAAACAAGCUUCACCUGCUCUGGCUGAGAAGGAGAAUCAAGAACCUAUAAUUGUACAGAAACCAGUGGACCAACCAAUUCCAGCCACACCCAAAACCAGUGGAGCUGCUACACCUGUACAGCAGCCAGAAAAGCAAACUCCUCCACUGCAACAGCCUGCUUCAAAGGCAUCCCAACAAGUACAGCCCCAGCAAGCUCCAAAGCCAGACCUCGAAACUGCUCCCCUAAAUGAGCCAAUGACUCCUGCUUCAGAGAAAGAGAAGAAGAACUCAGCACCAGGGUCACCACAGAAGGAAUUAUCUCCAGCAGUGGCUUCACAGCAGGACAAAACGCCAGUGGACAAAUCAACUCCAACCCCUGUCCAACACCCUCCACACCAAGAGACUCCACAACAACACGAGCAACAACGUCAGCCUCUAUCAGGGACACCGAAAGGAGAGCCUGGGAAGCCUCAACAACAGCUUCCAAAAGGUGGAGCCUCUUAUGCUAAAUCUGUACCACCACCACAGGCCCAGCCCCCCAAGCAGGAGUCAGGAGGCUUCUUUGGCUUUGGUAGGGCUAAAUCUCAGCCUGCUCAGUCAAAGCCUGAAGACUCAGUGUCUGGGAAGAUGCUUGGCUUUGGCUCCUCUAUUUUCAGCUCUGCAUCCACUUUGAUCACCUCAGCUGUUCAGGAUGAGCACCGCACCACACCUCCAGCUUCCCCCAAGGUGUCUAUGACUCCUGCUUUAGUGAAAGAGACCCCAGCAGCAGGCUCGUCACAGAAGAAGGAGGUAUCCCCGACAGUGGUUUGCCAGCAGGACCAGAAGCCAGUGGACAGACCGACUCCAACACUUGUCCAACAACCUCCACAACAGAAGACUCUACAACAACAAGGACAGCCCUCAGCAGAGGCACCAAAAUCAGAGCCUGAUAUAUCAAUAGUUGAAGCUGCUACAGCAGCAGACACUCAAAAUCCGGCAAGCCCAGUGCCUGCUCAGAAGGCUCCACUGGAGAAUCGGAGAACAUCAGAACCUCAUAAACCCCCACAGCAGCCCAGCCCUGGGCGUAGGGAGAGUAGUGCCUUCCCAGCCACAAAGCAGGAAUCAGGAGGCUUAUUUGGCUUUGGAGGUCCCAAAUCUCAGUCUGCCUCCUCAAAGCCUGAAGAGUCAGUGUCUGGGAAGAUGUUUGGCUUUGGCUCGUCCAUCUUCAGCUCUGCCUCCACUUUGAUAACAUCAGUUGUUCAGGACGAGCCCCGCACCACACCGCCAGCUUCCCCCAAGAUGUCUGCACUGGCCCAGACCUCCCCCAAGUUGCCCCCUGCAAAGGAGACCAAACUACCUGCUGCUCAGAAAGCAGAGGAGAAGAAAGCAGCGCAUCCCCAGAAGGCCAAUGUCCCCCCAUCAGUACAUGCCAAAGUGGACAAACCCCCAUCAGCUCCUCCAAAGGGUACAGCAUCCUCCCAACCAGCACCCAAAGCAGGCCAAUCUACCUGUCCACUCUGCAAGGUGGAACUCAACAAGGGCUCCAAGGACCCUCCCAACUACAACACCUGCACAGAAUGCAAGAACACUGUCUGCAACCUCUGUGGAUUUAACCCCAUGCCACAUGAAACAGUGAAGGAAUGGCUCUGUCUGACCUGCCAGAUGCAGAGAGCACUCGGAGCAGUGGAACCCCCAGGACCUCCCAUGAUGAAAUCCCAACCGUUGCCCAGCAUAGUCUCUACACCUGUUGCACUUCAAAAGGAGAUUGUCACACCUGCUGCAUCUCCAAAGCCGACUCCAGCUCCAGCUAAACCCCAGAAGGAAGAGAUCCCAGUACCUGCGGCUGGCCGACAAGAGAUCACUCCACCCACUGUACUUCAGAAGACACCAAUUCCUGCUGGAACCCCAGCACCAAAUGCAGACAAAAAGGAGGAGACCCCACCACUAGGAUCCUCACAAAAGAAACAAGCUUCACCUGCUCUGGCUGAGAAGGAGAAUCAAGAACCUAUAAUUGUACAGAAACCAGUGGACCAACCAAUUCCAGCCACACCCAAAACCAGUGGAGCUGCUACACCUGUACAGCAGCCAGAAAAGCAAACUCCUCCACUGCAACAGCCUGCUUCAAAGGCAUCCCAACAAGUACAGCCCCAGCAAGCUCCAAAGCCAGACCUCGAAACUGCUCCCCUAAAUGAGCCAAUGACUCCUGCUUCAGAGAAAGAGAAGAAGAACUCAGCACCAGGGUCACCACAGAAGGAAUUAUCUCCAGCAGUGGCUUCACAGCAGGACAAAACGCCAGUGGACAAAUCAACUCCAACCCCUGUCCAACACCCUCCACACCAAGAGACUCCACAACAACACGAGCAACAACGUCAGCCUCUAUCAGGGACACCGAAAGGAGAGCCUGGGAAGCCUCAACAACAGCUUCCAAAAGGUGGAGCCUCUUAUGCUAAAUCUGUACCACCACCACAGGCCCAGCCCCCCAAGCAGGAGUCAGGAGGCUUCUUUGGCUUUGGUGGGGCUAAAUCUCAGCCUGCUCAGUCAAAGCCUGAAGACUCAGUGUCUGGGAAGAUGCUUGGCUUUGGCUCCUCUAUCUUCAGCUCUGCAUCCACUUUGAUCACCUCAGCUGUUCAGGAUGAGCACCGCACCACACCUCCAGCUUCCCCCAAGGUGUCUAUGACUCCUGCUUUAGUGAAAGAGACCCCAGCAGCAGGCUCGUCACAGAAGAAGGAGGUAUCCCCGACAGUGGUUUGCCAGCAGGACCAGAAGCCAGUGGACAGACCGACUCCAACACUUGUCCAACAACCUCCACAACAGAAGACUCUACAACAACAAGGACAGCCCUCAGCAGAGGCACCAAAAUCAGAGCCUGAUAUAUCAAUAGUUGAAGCUGCUACAGCAGCAGACACUCAAAAUCCGGCAAGCCCAGUGCCUGCUCAGAAGGCUCCACUGGAGAAUCGGAGAACAUCAGAACCUCAUAAACCCCCACAGCAGCCCAGCCCUGGGCGUAGGGAGAGUAGUGCCUUCCCAGCCACAAAGCAACCCCCCAAGCAGGAAUCAGGAGGCUUAUUUGGCUUUGGAGGUCCCAAAUCUCAGUCUGCCUCCUCAAAGCCUGAAGAGUCAGUGUCUGGGAAGAUGUUUGGCUUUGGCUCGUCCAUCUUCAGCUCUGCCUCCACUUUGAUAACAUCAGUUGUUCAGGACGAGCCCCGCACCACACCGCCAGCUUCCCCCAAGAUGUCUGCACUGGCCCAGACCUCCCCCAAGAUGCCCCCUGCAAAGGAGACCAAACUACCUGCUGCUCAGAAAGCAGAGGAGAAGAAAGCAGCGCAUCCCCAGAAGGCCAAUGUCCCCCCAUCAGUACAUGCCAAAGUGGACAAAUCCCCAUCAGCUCCUCCAAAGGGUACAGCAUCCUCCCAACCAGCACCCAAAGCAGGCCAAUCUACCUGUCCACUCUGCAAGGUGGAACUCAACAAGGGCUCCAAGGACCCUCCCAACUACAACACCUGCACAGAAUGCAAGAACACUGUCUGCAACCUCUGUGGAUUUAACCCCAUGCCACAUGAAACAGUGAAGGAAUGGCUCUGUCUGACCUGCCAGAUGCAGAGAGCACUUGGAGCAGUGGAACCCCCAGGACCUCCCAUGAUGAAAUCCCAACCGUUGCCCAGCAUAGUCUCUACACCUGUUGCACUUCAAAAGGAGAUUGUCACACCUGCUGCAUCUCCAAAGCCGACUCCAGCUCCAGCUAAACCCCAGAAGGAAGAGAUCCCAGUACCUGCGGCUGGCCAACAAGAGAUCACUCCACCCACUGUACUUCAGGAGACACCAAUUCCCGCUGGAACCCCAGCACCAAAUGCAGACAAAAAGGAGGAGACCCCACCACUAGGAUCCUCACAAAAGAAACAAGCUUCACCUGCUCUGGCUGAGAAGGAGAAUCAAGAACCUAUAAUUGUACAGAAACCAGUGGACCAACCAAUUCCAGCCACACCCAAAACCAGUGGAGCUGCUACACCUGUACAGCAGCCAGAAAAGCAAACUCCUCCACUGCAACAGCCUGCUUCAAAGGCAUCCCAACAAGUACAGCCCCAGCAAGCUCCAAAGCCAGACCUCGAAACUGCUCCCCUAAAUGAGCCAAUGACUCCUGCUUCAGAGAAAGAGAUGAAGAACCCAGCACCAGGGUCACCACAGAAGGAAUUAUCUCCAGCAGUGGCUUCACAGCAGGACAAAAUGCCAGUGGACAAAUCAACUCCAACCCCUGUCCAACACCCUCCACACCAAGAGACUCCACAACAACAAGAGCAACAACGUCAGCCUCUAUCAGGGACACCGAAAGGAGAGCCUGGGAAGCCUCAACAACAGCUUCCAAAAGGUGGAGCCUCUUAUGCAAAAUCUGUACCACCGCCACAGGCCCAGCCCCUCAAGCAGGAGUCAGGAGGCUUCUUUGGCUUUGGUGGGGCUAAAUCUCAGCCUGCUCAGUCAAAGCCUGAAGACUCAGUGUCUGGUAAGAUGCUUGGCUUUGGCUCCUCUAUCUUCAGCUCUGCAUCCACUUUGAUCACCUCAGCUGUUCAGGAUGAGCACCGCACCACACCUCCAGCUUCCCCCAAGGUGUCUAUGACUCCUGCUUUAGUGAAAGAGACCCCAGCAGCAGGCUCGUCACAGAAGAAGGAGGUAUCCCCGACAGUGGUUUGCCAGCAGGACCAGAAGCCAGUGGACAGACCGACUCCAACACUUGUCCAACAACCUCCACAACAGAAGACUCUACAACAACAAGGACAGCCCUCAGCAGAGGCACCAAAAUCAGAGCCUGAUAUAUCAAUAGUUGAAGCUGCUACAGCAGCAGACACUCAAAAUCCGGCAAGCCCAGUGCCUGCUCAGAAGGCGCCACUGGAGAAUCGGAGAACAUCAGAACCUCAUAAACCCCCACAGCAGCCCAGCCCUGGGCGUAGGGAGAGUAGUGCCUUCCCAGCCACAAAGCAACCCCCCAAGCAGGAAUCAGGAGGCUUACUUGGCUUUGGAGGUCCCAAAUCUCAGUCUGCCUCCUCAAAGCCUGAAGAGUCAGUGUCUGGGAAGAUGUUUGGCUUUGGCUCGUCCAUCUUCAGCUCUGCCUCCACUUUGAUAACAUCAGUUGUUCAGGACGAGCCCCGCACCACACCGCCAGCUUCCCCCAAGAUGUCUGCACUGGCCCAGACCUCCCCCAAGAUGCCCCCUGCAAAGGAGACCAAACUACCUGCUGCUCAGAAUGCAGAGGAGAUGAAAGCAGCGCAUCCCCAGAAGGCCAAUGUCCCCCCAUCAGUACAUGCCAAAGUGGACAAACCCCCAUCAGCUCCUCUUAAGGGUACAGCAUCCUCCCAACCAGCACCCAAAGCAGGCCAAUCUACCUGUCCACUCUGCAAGGUGGAACUCAACAAGGGCUCCAAGGACCCUCCCAACUACAACACCUGCACAGAAUGCAAGAACACUGUCUGCAACCUCUGUGGAUUUAACCCCAUGCCACAUGAAACAGUGAAGGAAUGGCUCUGCCUGACCUGCCAGAUGCAGAGAGCACUUGGAGCAGUGGAACCCCCAGGACCUCCCAUGAUGAAAUCCCAACCGUUGCCCAGCAUAGUCUCUACACCUGUUGCACUUCAAAAGGAGAUUGUCACACCUGCUGCAUCUCCAAAGCCGACUCCAGCUCCAGCUAAACCCCAGAAGGAGGAGAUCCCAGUACCUGCGGCUGGCCAACAAGAGAUCACUCCACCCACUGUACCUCAGGAGACACCAAUUCCCGCUGGAACCCCAGCACCAAAUGCAGACAAAAAGGAGGAGACCCCACCACUAGGAUCCUCACAAAAUAAACAAGCUUCACCUGCUCUGGCUGAGAAGGAGAAUCAAGAACCUAUAAUUGUACAGAAACCAGUGGACCAACCAAUUCCAGCCACACCCAAAACCAGUGGAGCUGCUACACCUGUACAGCAGCCAGAAAAGCAAACUCCUCCACUGCAACAGCCUGCUUCAAAGGCAUCCCAUCAAGUACAGCCCCAGCAAGCUCCAAAGCCAGACCUCGAAACUGCUCCCCUAAAUGAGCCAAUGACUCCUGCUUCAGAGAAAGAGAAGAAGAACCCAGCACCAGGGUCACCAAAGAAGGAAUUAUCUCCAGCAGUGGCUUCACAGCAGGACAAAACGCCAGUGGACAAAUCAACUCCAACCCCUGUCCAACACCCUCCACACCAAGAGACUCCACAACAACAAGAGCAACAACGUCAGCCUCUAUCAGGGACACCGAAAGGAGAGCCUGGGAAGCCUCAACAACAGCUUCCAAAAGGUGGAGCCUCUUAUGCAAAAUCUGUACCACCGCCACAGGCCCAGCCCCCCAAGCAGGAGUCAGGAGGCUUCUUUGGCUUUGGUGGUGCUAAAUCUCAGCCUGCUCAGUCAAAGCCUGAAGACUCAGUGUCUGGUAAGAUGCUUGGCUUUGGCUCCUCUAUCUUCAGCUCUGCAUCCACUUUGAUCACCUCAGCUGUUCAGGAUGAGCACCGCACCACACCUCCAGCUUCCCCCAAGGUGUCUAUGACUCCUGCUUUAGUGAAAGAGACCCCAGCAGCAGGCUCGUCACAGAAGAAGGAGGUAUCCCCGACAGUGGUUUGCCAGCAGGACCAGAAGCCAGUGGACAGACCGACUCCAACACUUGUCCAACAACCUCCACAACAGAAGACUCUACAACAACAAGGACAGCCCUCAGCAGAGGCACCAAAAUCAGAGCCUGAUAUAUCAAUAGUUGAAGCUGCUACAGCAGCAGACACUCAAAAUCCGGCAAGCCCAGUGCCUGCUCAGAAGGCUCCACUGGAGAAUCGGAGAACAUCAGAACCUCAUAAACCCCCACAGCAGCCCAGCCCUGGGCGUAGGGAGAGUAGUGCCUUCCCAGCCACAAAGCAACCCCCCAAGCAGGAAUCAGGAGGCUUAUUUGGCUUUGGAGGUCCCAAAUCUCAGUCUGCCUCCUCAAAGCCUGAAGAGUCAGUGUCUGGGAAGAUGUUUGGCUUUGGCUCGUCCAUCUUCAGCUCUGCCUCCACUUUGAUAACAUCAGUUGUUCAGGACGAGCCCCGCACCACACCGCCAGCUUCCCCCAAGAUGUCUGCACUGGCCCAGACCUCCUCCAAGAUGCCCCCUGCAAAGGAGACCAAACUACCUGCUGCUCAGAAAGCAGAGGAGAAGAAAGCAGCGCAUCCCCAGAAGGCCAAUGUCCCCCCAUCAGUACAUGCCAACAUGGACAAACCCCAAUCAGCACCUCCAAUGGGAGCAGCAUCCUCCCAACCAGCUCCCAAAGCAGGCCAAUCUACCUGUCCACUCUGCAAGGUGGAACUCAACAAGGGCUCCAAAGACCUUCCCAACUACAACACCUGCACAGAAUGCAAGAACAUUGUCUGCAACCUGUGUGGAUUUAACCCCAUGACACAUGAAACAGAGAAGGAAUGGCUGUGUCUGAACUGCCAGACACAGAGGGCUCUCUCUGGACAACUGGGAGACAUGGGAAAAAUGGCCCAGUCCCAACCCAUCAAGAUCCAGGCCCAGCCCACACCACUCCCUGUAGUUCCAACCACCAAGACAGAGCCCCAGCCUCCAGCAGCAGUAAGCAGCAAGGCCCAGACUUUCUCUAAAACACAGCCUCCAUCCCAGGCUGUGCCUCUCACCUCAGUGCCCACUCCGCCUACACCAAUACCUGGCCUUGCACAAAUGGAACCAAAGAUGGAAGUCCCCAAGGCUGAAGCUCCCAUGACUGUCGCAAAGGCUGAGGCUCCUGAGACGGAAGUCCGUAAGGCGGAGACAGAGGCACCAAAAAUGGAGCCUUCUGUGGCAGAGUUUCCUAAGGCUUUGCUGCCUAAACCUGUACCACCUAAAUCUGAACCACCCAAAACUGAUGCUCCAGCAGUAGCUGCUUCAGUUGCCUCUGUCCUAGUGACUGAGGCCAUGACUCCUCCUGCUCCUCUAUCCACCACAGUGGCUACUGCUGUUGCGGUCACUCCAGCCACUGUGGAGGAGAAGCCAGAGGCUGAAGCUCAACCAACAGAGCUACCUAAACUAGAAGAGGAGAAGGUUGAGAAGCAACCGAAACAACAGGAACCGCUUUAUGUUGCUCCACAAACAGUCCAAACUGAUACUAUCAAGGAAGUGGCCACUCCAUUGGUUGAAAAGGUGGAUGAUGUCCUUCCUGAACCUCAGCAGAUACUCACUGAGAAGGAGACAGUGAAGGAGAAGGAGAAAGAGCCAACUGCAGCCUCCCUCCUAGCAGACCAGGUAGUAGCUGAGGUACCAUCCAGCCAAGCUAGUUCAUUUGAGGCUGACAUCAAGCCUGAGGACUAUAGUGACAAGUCCCAGGAUGGACCAGACAUAUUUCCCAUCUCACAGGGCUCCUACACCUCCGAGGGGGAGCUGAGUGAGUUGCAGACAGUCAGCGAUGUCCCUAUCAUGGACACAACCCCUGACACAGCCAUGCCUGCCAAGGAGGAGGGGAACGGGGCAAAGAGGCUUCUGAGUUAUGUGCCGAUGGAGGAGAGCAGCGGGAGCGAACCCUCUCCCUCGCCCAAGCUCCAGAGACGGAGGUUAAGUGCGAUAGCAGUCAGCACGGCAGCCUCAUCCAGCAGCGAGGACUACAAAGAUGACAGCCCUACAGACAGCCCUCCAGACAGCCCAGACUCAUUUGUGAAUGAGGAGGAGUUAAUACGCAGGCAGAUCAUGGGGAUGAUGAGAGAGGAGAUGUCUCUCUCAGAGGAGGAGGAAAAUGAAGAGAAAGAGGGCAGAGUGGAGGAGACCAUGGAUGCUGUGGGGGAUAACACAUCAUGUAAAUCAAAGCCUCUGUUAAAAAAAGGCAGUAUAGAUGAUGAAGACAGCCCAGCCAGGAUACCUUCUCUCCCAGGGUCUGAGCCUAAAUCUAUUGUAGAGAGUGCUGAACUCCAUGAGAAAAUCACCGUGUAUAAGAAAGCCAUGCCCAUGACGCCGCAGAGAACAAAGAGCAUGGACGAUGGGGAUUCAGAGGUGGAGAACAUCACAGAUUCUCUAGAGGACAGGUCCAAAGGUGAGGGGUCAUCCAGUGUCCAAGUGUCCAGCUUCACCCCUGGAACCUCCCCCACCUCAGCCUCUUCUCUGGAGGAGGACAGCGACAGCAGCCCCAGCCACAAGAGGAGUGGGGAGGGGAAACAGCCCCGCAAGGCCAAGCACAGGCAUACCGGCCAGCCAUUCCCCACCACCGAGGACUCGUCAGAGGAGGAGGAGCUCAGGGAGGAGGAGGAUCACCUCAGGGAGCAGGAGAAACCGAAGGAUUCUGACCAGCAGCAGGGGAAGAGGAUCUCCAAGAAGUCCAAAAGGGAUAAAGAUGAUCUUCGAGCUCAGAGGAGAAGGAAUCUCCCUCUAACCUCACCCUGUAACCUGUCUUCCAUUGAAGACGCCUCUCCCACUGAGGAGGCAAGGCAGGCUAGGGAGAUGGAAGCGCUUCACAGGACAUCAGUCUCUGACUAUUUUCCUAGCAUGGAGUCUGAUUCAGAUGCCUUUCACACAGAGACCAGGAUAGUUGUCUCUGAAGGACAGAAGUUCAGUACUGCAAAGCCACUAAAGAGUGCAGAGGAUGAAUAUGAGGAGAUGCUUCAGAUAGCUAGAUCUCUUAAAGGAGAGACAGAGCCAUUCCCUGAGAUAGAGCUACUUUACGAAGGCAUGGCCAUAGAGGACUACCUCUACGAAUCCCUAGUGGAGGAGCCUGAAGCUAAACGUACUUCAGCCCCACCGGAGCAGCCCAGUAAAGACCCCGCUAAAGAGCCAGGGAAGAAAGGUUUGAGGUCUCCUGAAGAGGUGUAUGAGGAGAUGAUGCUGAAGAAGAAGGAACUGAUGUUGAUAGAGCAGGAGUUUCAGAAGGUUCAGUCAGCUAUCAACACUCCUAAUCCUGAGAUACAUGUUACUGCACCAUCCUCUGCUGCAGCUGAGAGCUGCAGAGUUGGUGAGGCCGAGGGAGAGAAGCCUAUGUUAGAUGCUGGUUCUACCUACGUUAAGAGGAAGAAACGUCCUGCUCCACCACGACCCUCUGAACCUCCUAAACGGCCUGAGGUCUACGUUGCCAAGCCAACAGUUCCUCAGGAUAUGACUAUGAGGAGGGCUCUUUUCCCCAUACCGGACUUGAAGAUCACCCAGUGUUCCUCUGGAGAGGAUGAGACGGAUGAUAGUAUAAUAGAGGAGUAUGGAGUGGGAGUGUCCUAUGAUAUUACCCCUAGUUAUGAGUCUGAGACUAAAAAAGAGCUAGAGUCCACUUCAGCUUCAGAGCAUGCACCAACAACAGAGGUAGCUGACAUUGAACCCAUCACUGUGGUGUGUGAGGUUUCCCCAGCUAAAGCUACUCCCGCUCCUGUCUUUGCCCCUGAGACAGUUCUAGCCCCCAGUACGACCACCACACCUUCACAGGUCUCUCCAGUAUCACCUCCCACCUCACCAUCGACUCCAGACUCAAGUCUAGCCUCCAAUGCUACGUCCUCCUCCUCUUUCCAAGCUCGAAGUCCUCUCUCUUCCGACUCUACUGCAGUGUCUACUCCGACACCAGACUUGGCCAAAGCAGCAGGUCCCUUUGCUGCUCAGCCGCCUAUUGAUAUCUCCCCUCCUUCUAUCGCUCCCAUUAUGGCUGUUUCUCCAACCACAGUUUUGGUCACAAUACAAGAUCUGGUUACAGAUCUAACCCAAGCACCAGCACCAGCUACAACUACAGCCAAUGCUGCAGCUUCUCCAGCCCAAGCCCCAGCCCCAGCCCCUGCCUCAACCCCUGUCUCAGCACCUGCUUCAGUGGUGGUACAGAUACCUGAUCCAUAUGCAGUCCAAAUGCCAGACCUGGUUAGAUCUCCAUCCCAGAUGGCUGCUCAGGUUCUACCUUCUGUGCAGGUCAGAGCACAAACUCCAAUACCAAGCCCAGUACAUUCUCAAUCACAAUCUCCAGUCCCAGCUGCUCCCAGUGCUGUGCCAACUCCAGUCUCUGCUCCAACUCCUGCCCCAGCUCCAGUUGUAGUCCAAAUGCCAGACAUGGUUACCAUCACCUCUCCAGUUUCACCCCAAGCCCCACUACCUGCUUCAGCCCCAGCUCCUGCCCAGGCUACAGUGGUGCAGUCAGUCCCUGUCCAGGCUGCUGCUCCAGCCCCAGUAGUAGUCCCAGCUGCAGGGACACCCCGAAUCCAGAGACAAGCCUCCACCAAAAAAGCCCCACCUCCUCCUCCACCUCGCUCUAUGUCAGUCUCCCUGCCCCAGACCUCAGCAGAGCCUACCUCAAUCAGGGCUGUCCAACAUGUCUCCCCGACCAUGACCACCACUAUAGCCAUUGGAGCAGGUCUGCCUAGCCAGCCCAUACAGUCUGUGGUGGUGGAUAUACAGCCGCAGGUGGAGCAGGUCUGGCCAAAUGGUGAUGCUGGCCCUCAGGUCAUGAUGACCCCAACCAGACAGGGGCAUGUGGUCAUCAUAGUUCCUAAUGUGGAGAACAUGUCGGUGCUCAGCCAGUCGACCCAAGACCUUGUGGCAUACUCAGUGGCAAUAACUACCACUUCUACUGUUGAUAAAGGCAGUAGUCUGAUGGCAGCAGGGCCUGUGGUUGUGAGUGUUGCUCCUUUCCCUACUGCUCCCUCUGUUCCUGCUGUACCCAGCUCAGACACAUGUAUACCUGUGGCAGAUACACCACCACCUCCCACUCCUCCACCACCUCCUGCCACCUUACCCAAGCCAGCGGUUUAUCCCAAAAAGCCUUCUGUUUCCACCCCACCUUCAAUCCCAACCACAGUACCAGUCUCAACUGCUGUGACAAUGGCACAGGGAACUGUAACAACCACAGGCCCCAGUACAGUACACAAGGCAUCUGCACCCCCUCCAGUCCCUCCCAAGCCUGUGUCCAUCCCUGCAGGGCUGGUGUUCAGCCACCGUCCAGGGGAAAGCAUCAAACCACCAGUGGUUCCCACUGCUAGCCACACUCUUCCCAGGACCAGAGAAGUGGUACCAAAUGCCAGCAUAGCACAGCCAUUCACAGCCACAACACUGCCCAGGACCAGGGAACCUCCCAAUGCCCUGUAUCUGAGUCUAACCACCCCAGUGGAGCCCAAGAUGAGUGCUGCCUCGCCCAGGUCCCCUCUGUCUCCGAGGUAUGCCAAUUGUCUGGAAACGUAUGUGGUGAUAACGCUUCCCUCAGAGCCUGGCACACCCACAGAGGGCAUCACUGUCCAAGCCCCCAUCAGGAGAGGAUCCAUCCCCUUCACUAUGCAGACAUGCCCAAGGGAUAGGACUACACCUUCAGAACAACAGUCACCCAUUACGGCCUUCUCAGCCCAGGCCACUGUCAGGAGAGCGUCAGUUCCCUCAUUGAGGCAGCUGCCACCACCAACAGCAGCAAUAGUACCAGUCGAAGUAGCAGCACCCCUAGAGGGAGUCACUGCAACAGCAAGGCAGCCUUCCAUGCCAUCAGCUAUGCAGCCUGCACACGGUGUGGCUGAGGUGGUGACCAUUUCAGCAGGGUCGGAGAUGCCUAUUCAGGUAUACAGUGUCAGAGCUCCAAUAAAGAAACCGUAUAUACCUCCAACAGCCCAGCCACAACAGAAAGUGUCUGAAGUUAGGACAAUGCCAUCAGAGCCACAGGUUCCUGUAGAAGUGUCUGCAGCUCAAGCUUCUGGUAGAAGGGCAUCAAUACCUGAUGUACCUCAGCAGCCGCAAUAUGUGGCUGAAGUAAUGGCUUUACCAGCAGAGCAGGUCAUACCUGCAGAUGUAGUUUCAACUGAGGCCAUGCCUGGAAGUGCAUCAAUACCAUCAGAAACGCAACAACCACAAACCAUGGGAGAGUUAUUAGCAAUGCCCUUAGAAGCUAUGCCCCCAACCAUCCAUCAGUCAGCAUCACUGACAGAGGUGGUUUCAACUGAGGCUAUCUCUAGAAGAGCAUCAAUACCAUCAGAAAUGUGGCAACCACAAACCAUGGCUGAGGUAAUGCCCUUACAGCAGGAGAUACCUACCGAAGCAAUUGCCAGCCAAGUCCAUGUAGAAGCUACACCCUCAACCAUGCAUCAAUCACCAUCACUGAUUGAAGUGGUUUCAACUGAGGCCAUCUCUAGAAGAGUGACAAUACCAUCAACAAUGGAGCAACCACAAACCAUGGCAGAGGUGGCAGCAAUGCCCUUACAGCAGGAGAUACCUACUGAAGCUAUUGCCAGCCAAGUCCAUGUAGAAGCUACACCCUCAACCAUGCAUCAGUCAUCAUCACUGAUAGAAGUGGUUUCAACUGAGGCCAUCUAUAGCCUCGCAUCAACACCAUCACCAAUGCAGCAGCCAAAAUCCAUGGCAGAGGUAGCAACAAUGCCCUUACAGCAGGAGAUACAUAUCGAAGCUAUCACCAGCCAAGUCCAUAUAGAAGCUUCACCCUCAACCAUGCAUCAGUCCCCAUCACUGAUAAAAGUGGUUUCAACUGAGGCCAUCUCUAGAAGAGUGACAAUACCAUCAACAAUGGAGCAACCACAAACCAUGGCAGAGGUAGCAGCAAUGCCCUUACAGCAGGAGAUACCUACUGAAGCUAUUGCCAGCCAAGUCCAUGUAGAAGCUACACCCUCAACUAUGCAUCAGUCACCAUCACUGAUAGAAGUGGUUUCAACUAAAGCCAUCUAUAACCUCGCAUCAAUACCAUCACCAAUGCAGCAGCCACAAACCAUGGCAGAGGUAGCAAUGCCCUUACAGCAGGAGAUACCAUCAGCUGCACCGCAACCACAAGCAGUGGCCGAAGUGAUGACGUUGCCUUCAGAGUAUGAAAUGCCUACGGAAGUUAGAACAACUGAGGACACUACCACUAGAAGGACAUCCAUAUACUCUGUAGCACAACAACCAUACACAGUUGCUGAAGUAACGGCUUUCCCAUCAGAAUAUGAAACACCCAUCCAGGUGGUUACAACUGAGGCUAUUUCCACUACAAGAAGAGCGUCUAUAACCAUGCAGAAACCCCUUAGUAUGGCCCAGGUUAUCACGAUGCCUGCAGAGCCAGACAUAGAGGCAUAUGCUGCCCAAGUCCCAUACAGGAGCGGAUCCAUCCCCUCAGCAGUGCAACCACCACAGGCAGUACCAGAAGUGCUGAUUUAUUCAUCAGCCCAUGAGACCCCCCUGGAAUUCAUUACAACUGAAGCCUACACCAGGAGAAUGUCAGUUCCAUCUAUCCAGGAGAUUCCCGAGACCGUCCCCGUGGCUCCAGUCACCAUCACCAGGAAAUUCCACCAUGAGUCAAUCGAGAGCCAGGAGAUCCAUGGGCCUGAGAAGGUGGUGAACAGCCUGAGCCACAUGUACUCCUCAUCUAUCUCCACCUCAGCCCAGCACCCGGAGAGCCUGCCCAGCCUGGUCACUCAGGUGGUCACCACCGAGGUUCAGAGAACCACGGUGUCUUUGGUCCAUGAGAGGCUGCCCCAGGUUCCUGCAUCCAAUGGAGUGGCCAUCACCAUCCAGCCAGACUUGGUUAAAGUCCAGCCGUCUCCCAAACAGAACGGGAAGAUCUACUCCGGUGAUGCCAUUGACCUCCGCACCAUUAAGGUUGGCGUGAAGAUGACCGAUUCAGGGAUGGACUUGACCCCACAGGAAUCAAGUCGCCAGUCCACCUGUAGCGACUCUAGUGGCCGACAUACAGCAGUGCAGCCAGAGAUAGUGAACUUGAGUGCUGAGAUCACCCCUUCCACCACACUGUCGGUUGUCACUGAUAGCAUCACUAUCGUCACCUGUUCAGACACCAUUGAGUCCUACACCAGCGAGCCAGCAGAAAUACCUUUAGAUCUGCAGGGUUAUGUUGCCUCCAUGCCUCUCCCUCUCACCACAUACAAACCAUUCCAGCCUCUGGCACAGAUAGUGUUCAGGCGGGUGGACUCUCCGCCUAUCAUCAACACAGUGUUAGCCACAGACACAGAGACACCAAUCAACCUGUCUUAUGGAGCCUCCAUGGUAAAUAGCAGACUUCCAGUGACCAUGGCCCCCGCUAUCACCAACGUGGGGGACAUGCUCUCAGAGCCAGCAGGGGCUGUGGAUCUGUCCACCUCUAGACCCCUCAGGGCCAUGGCGGCUCUGUCUGACAAGAGCCCUGGUGUGGUGACCACAGUCAUAGAGGAUGAUGGGACACCCAUAGAUCUGACAGCUGGGAGGAAUGUGUGCUGUGAUGUCAUCUACAAGCUACCCUUCACAGGGAGCUGUAGGACCCAGCCGCCGGUUAUUACCCAACCUGACAACCGCUUCGGCUACAGAGAUGACCACUACCAGUAUGAUCAUGCUGGGGUUUAUGGCAUCAAGGGCCUGAGCGGCAAGGCCAUGUCUGAGACCAACCUGGCUGAUGCAGGACUGUUCCUCUAUGAUGGAAAGACCAGAUAUAACUAUAACGGAGCCUCGGACAGUGCAAUAGACCUGACUGCUGCUAAUAUGUCCGCAGGUGAAGCUCUAGACUACACCAGUAAAGCUGCUGGGGCGUAUACGGGGAUAUCCACUGCUCCAUAUUCCCAGGUCCCUGCUUAUAGUGUCUUUAGAUCCUCAGACGGAAUGGUAUACUCCUCCAUAGCAGCCCCUGUUCCUUCUACAUACCCCAUCACCACUCAGCCAGGUUCCAUCUUCAGCACCACCCUACCUCCUACCACAACCCUCCAGGAGCAGCCAGCACCAGCUCCACACCCCUAUGGCUUUAUUCCCACCAGCGACCCUGGCCAACAGAUCAUCAGCCUGGACACUAGCCUGCCCAAGGACCUGCUGCCCAGUGCUCUGGCUGACAUCAUGACUGGCUUCCCUGACCUGUACUCUGACCAGACACUGGAAGCCAUCGCAGCCUCUCUGGACGCCCUGGCUUCAUCGCCCAUGUUCCCCGGUCUGGAUGACAGCAAGAUCACCCAGUACCAGAUGGAGAGGGAGUUCCUGCAGCUGGAGAAGCUGAAGCAGCUGUGUCUGGCUGAGGAGCUGGAGUGGGAGAGGCAGGAGAUCCAGCGCUACCGUGAACAGGAGCAGAUCAUGGUGCAGAGGGAGCUGGAGGAGCUGCAGGCUCUGAAACAGCAGCUGUUAAUGCAACAGGAAGAGGAGCACCAGGCGCAACUUGUAGCCCAACAAGAAACCUACAACCAGCAGAGGCAACAGUUAGAGCAGAUCCAACAACUCCAGGUGCAGCUACAGCACCAGCUAGAUGAGCAGUACAGUACUACAGGGUCAGACAACCUGCUAGAGAAGCAGUAUACAGGGGUUGGGGAUAACGGCCAAUACUGGCCUGUUAGGGAUGACUCCAACACCUCAUCCACUGUCACCCAGCUAGAGGGUGGGCAGUAUGUAACCAGUGAGGGUCAGAGAGAGGGUGGAGGUCAGGACCAGCUGCAGCUCAGUAGGAAACAACCGGCAGGGUCUAACCAGCCUGGUGACCAGGGGUAUGGUACAGGAGUGGUAGGGAAGAGGAUAGUGGACAGUGGGGUCCAGACAGACGAUGAGGACUCAGUAGACAGGAUGUAUGUAGGGAGGAGGAAGAGGAACUACAGGAAGGGUGUAGACAGCAGUGUUCAGACUGAUGAUGAGGAGGACCAGGAGGUUGAGUGGGACAUGCCAGCCAGGUCGCGGCGGCGCUCCCGCUCCAGUAAGCACAGUGGUGAGGGGAAACACGGUGGCUCUAAGGUCUCCAGCAUUGCCAUUCAGACUAUUGCAGAGAUCUCUGUCCAGACCGACCACUCCGGGAGCAUCAAACGCCCCAGCAUCCAGAUGGACACUAAGGUGGAGAUCAUCAAACACAUCUCAGCCCCAGAGAACUCUCAGAGAGGUGGCAGUCUCAGCUGCCAGACAGACGCAGACCGGAGGCACCACUCACCGGCAGACAUCACCCCCAAGGUGCUCUACUCCACUGUGUCCACCCUCUCCUCCAGUAAGGCCAUGGAGGGAGGGCAAAAGAUGCUGACCACUGACCCGACCAGGUUUUCCUCCAGCCCUAUGAUACUGAAGCCUGGGCAGAAGUCUAUGUCUGACCCAAAAUCUCUCAGCCAUACCACCGAGGACAGGAUAGGCUACCACUACUCAGACAGCUGCUCUGGCCAUGGCUCUUCGUCAGGCACUGGAAAGAAGGUGAAGAGAACCCUUCCCAACCCACCCCCUGAAGAUGACCCUCUGACCGGCCCGUCAGGUUACAGCACCAGCUCAGCCCGCCGCCGGCUUGGCCGUCACACCACCAUGGCCCGGGCCAAGAUUCUGCAGGACAUUGACAAGGAGCUGGAUCUAGUGGAGAGAGAGUCAUCCAAGCUCCGCAGGAAACAGGCCGAGCUAGAUGAGGAGGAGAAAGAGAUUGAUGCCAAGCUGAGGUACCUUGAGAUGGGAAUCAACCGUCGUAAGGAUGCCCUGCUGCAGGAGAGGGAGAAAAGAGAGAGGGCCUACCUGCAGGGUGUGGCUGAGGAGAGAGACUACAUGUCAGACAGUGAGGUCAGCAACAUCAGGGAGACCAGAGGUAGCAAUCACGGCCUGGAGAGACCCAGGACAGCUCCCCAGUCAGAGUUUGACCAGUUCAUCCCCCCUCAGACUGAGGCUGACUCUCAGUACUCCACUCUAACCAGUCCCUACUCCCACUAUGCCCAGUAUGUCCCCCAGACCAAUGCCACCAGCCACUACCCCCAGCAGACCCUGUACCAGCAACAGGCCCUCUACCAGCAGCACCCCUACCAAAGUCAGUCAGUUUACUCCUCUGUACCCAGCCUGUCCUACCCCCAGGCCUCCCACUCCCACCAGCAGGCCCAGUCCUCAGGCUACCAGUCCAAGAACACCACCAACUACGAGGUGAUCCGGAACCAGCCCAUCAUCAUCGUACCCUCCUCCAGCGAGGCGGGGUAUGGGGUGGGGAAGUACGGCAGCCUGGAACUGAGGAUGGGCCUGGAGGAGAGGAGAAUGGCCUCCAGCCCCAUGUCUAAUAUAUCUACUGAAUCCUUCUACGCUGACAUCGACCACCACAACGCCAGGAACUAUGUUCUGAUAGAGGACAUAGAGCAGCUGACUAAAGGCUCUGCAGGGCUGGGGUCAGGGUUCAGCCUGACUGACAAGGACCUGUCCAAGGCUGACAGGCUACUCCGGGCUGCUGAAGCCAGGCGCACUGCAGAGGUGGCUGCGUUCCUGGGUAACUCGCGUCUGCACAGCUACGGUAAAGGAGAGGAGGACUCUAUGGAAGAGCCCUAUGAGCUGAAGCUCCUGAAGCAACAAAUAAAGCAGGAGUUUAGACGAGGGACGGAGGGUCUGGAGCACCUCUCAGGCCUGGGCAUGCCUCAGUACCUCUCCACUGACCCCAGCUACAGACAUUUCCCUAAGGCUGAGAAGUACAGCAUCAGCCGACUGACCUUGGAGAAACAAGCUGCCAAGCAGCUUCCUGCCGCCGUGCUCUACCAGAAACAGAUCAAGAACCAGAAGAAGGCAACCCUGAUGGACCCCAAGAUAACAAAAUCCUCCCCCAUCCAGGAGAGCAGAGACCUGGAGCCAGACUACAGCAGCUUCCUGGGUUCUGGAGUCUCAUCUGUCACCAACCUGUCCACACGAGCCAGACUGCUUCAGGAUGAGAUCAACUUUGGCCUGAAGAAGAACCUCUCUGAGCAGCAGAAGUACCUGGGCUCCUCUCUGGGAACUAAUCUGGCUGGUUCUCUGAGCCAGUCCCUUAGCCUGGGGGGACCCACCAUGAGGUCCACCCUACAGGAUGACACCACCUACCCCAGCGGCACGAGCUCUCGCCCUUCCUCACGACCCAAUUCCCGCCCCACUUCUGUCUAUGGCCUGGAUCUUUCCAUCAAACGGGACUUGUCCAGCUCUUCUCUCAGGCUGAGGAGCGAGGGAGAAGCCCUGGAUGCAGCGUUCGGCUCCGGGCUGGCCAGGACCAAGCCCACCAGCCUGCCCAUCGGGCGAAUCCCCAUCGUGGCUCAGAACUCAGAAGAGGAGAGCCCUCUGAGCCCGGUGGGAGAGCCAAUGGGCAUGGCCAGAGCCUCAGCUGGUCCUCUACCACCUAUCUCAGCUGACUCCAGAGACCAGUUUGGCUCCAGCCAUUCCCUGCCGGAGGUCCAGCAGCACAUGAGGGAGGAGUCCAGGGCUACACGUGGACAUAGUGGGGUCUACGACAGAGACAUAGCCUUCAUCAUGGAUGAUCUGGGGGGAGCGAUGUCUGACAGCGAAGCCCUAAAUGACUCCAUGCUGACACUGAACAGAGAUGAUCCCAGAAUCUUUCAUGAGAGUAUCAGACACGCCGGAGGCCCCAACUGGAACAUAGAAGCAUACCACCUGAGGAGGGAGGACACUGACUGGUUUGACAAGCCUGCAGAGAGACAACAUCGGGUAAACGGACAAGCUCUGGAUAGGAGACAGAUGAAGUUGAUUCCCUAUGUGUAUCCUCACACCCGGAUCAAAGUACAGAGAGACCCCAAGGACAGCAGCGUUUCAGGGAAUGGCCUGGGGAUUCGUGUGGUGGGAGGGAAAGAGAUUCCUGGGAGUCGCGGUGAGAUAGGAGCUUACAUUGCCAAGGUUACGCUCGGGGGAGUGGCUGAACAGACAGGGAAAGUGGUGGAAGGAAUGCAGGUAUUGGAGUGGAAUGGGGUUCCUCUGAUGGGGAAGACCUACGAGGAGGUGCAGUGCAUAAUGAGUCAGCCGUGUGCAGAGGCGGAGCUCUGUGUCAGACUUGAUCUGAACAUGCUGUCUGACGCUGAUCACCCCCAGGCCCUGGAGAACCACGCCCAGCUGAAGCCUGGUGACAGGCAGCGCUCUCCAGGAGUAGAUCCCAGGCAACUGGCUGCAGAGCUUCAGAAGGUGUCCCAACAACAGGCCCCUGGGAUGGGGCUGGGUGUGGGGGGGCCAGUAGGGGUCCUUUCUGCCCUGGACCGCUCAGCUCUGUUACACUCAGGCAAUGCAUCGGCCAGCUCUAGUGCCGUCCCCAGCCCCGGCCAGCCUACCUCCCCAGCCAUCAACAAGAAACAACGCCACAGCACCAAGUCGACAGCAGACGUGCAACUGCUGAAGCCUCAGCCUCGUCCUGUAACAGGGGAAAUACAGCUCCAGAUCCACUACGACAGGAACCUGGGGAAUCUGAUAGUGCAUGUCCUCCAGGCCAGGAACCUUGCUCAGAGAGACCCCAAAGAAUACUCUGACCCCUUUGUCAAGGUCUACCUCCUACCAGGGAGAGGACAAGUCAUGGUAGUCCAGAACGCAAGUGCUGAGAACAAGAGGAGGACCAAGUACGUCCAGAGGAGUCUGAACCCAGAGUGGAACCAGACUGUCAUCUACAAGAACAUACACCUGGAACAGCUAAAGAAAAAGACUCUGGAGGUGACAGUGUGGGAUUAUGACAGAUCUUCCUCCAAUGACUUCCUGGGAGAAGUGUUGAUAGACCUGUCCAACACAUCCCAGCUGGACAACACUCCUCGCUGGCUGCCUCUGAAGGAGCAGAGUGAGAGCAUCGAGCACAGCAGAACCCACCACACCGCUCAGGGGCCUGGGGGGCCAGGAGCAGGGACAGGACCGGGACAGGGGUCCGUAGCGGGGCAAGAACCAGGACAGGGCAUGGGGUCAGGGAUGGGCCAAGGACAGGGGCAGGGACAGAUGGGGGAGUGCCAUGAGUCUCCUAAGAACUCUGUGAUAAAGAGCAGGAGCCACGGGAUCUUCCCUGACCCAGCAAAAGACAUGCAGAUGGUGACUCUAGAGAAAUCCCACAGUAGUCCAGGCAGCUCUAAGUCAUCUUCAGACGGCCAGCUUCGUUCCCAUGGUCCAUCCCGCAGCCAGAGCAAGAGCAGCGUCACGCAAGCCCACCUGGAGGAUGCUGGGAUAGCUAUAGCUGCCGCCGAGGCCGCCGUGCAACAGUCCCGCCUCCAACCAAGACCAGGCCACAGGUUGGGGGAUGUGUCUGGGCCGGUGGUGUCCUCAGCCCCCAGUCUGAUGGAGGGGUAUGGGGGUCUGGAUGGAGACGAGGGGGCUGGCACAGGGGUGGACAGUGCCAUCUUCCAGGUCCCAUGCAUAGGGAAGAUCAUCCCCAACGGUCCUGACAAGUUUAAGGGACUGCCACUCUCGCUAUCAGACAGCGAGGGGGGUGGGGGUAAGACCCAGGUGAUGGGGGAGAUCAAGGUUGCUCUGAAGAAGGAGGUGAAACAAGAGGGAGACCAGCUGAUCCUGGAAGUCCUACAGUGUAGAAACAUCACUUACAAAUUCAAGAGCCCAGACCACCUACCAGAUCUCUAUGUGAAGCUGUAUGUGGUGAACGUGGCGACUCAGAAGAGGAUUAUCAAGAAGAAGACCAGAGUGUGUCGUCACGACAGAGAACCCUCCUUCAACGAGACCUUUAGGUUCAGCCUCAACCCCACCGGACACUCCCUGCAGUUGUUCCUGGUGUCUAACGGGGGUAAGUUUAUGAAGAAGACCCUGAUAGGAGAGGCCUACAUCUGGCUGGACAAGGUGGACAUGAGGAAGAGGGUGGUCAGCUGGCACAAGCUGCUGGUCAGCUCCACACACAACCAGUCAUGAGAGAUCGACUUGAGAGGACACCGAGGGGUCAACCAGAGGUCAGUGAAGAUCAAUGAAUACUCUUGGUCAAUGGCUGUUCUUUGUCAAGACGAGGAGGAGGAGGAGUUGAGUUACACAGUGCCCUUCAUCCCCUUUGUGUUAUUCUGUAUGAAAAGAAAAGAGAGGGGGAGGAGAAGAAGAGAUAAGAGGGAAGGAAGAGGGGUUGCGGGUACGGACAUGCCCAGAAAGAACUGAUCCUCCUGUUCUCUCUCCCACUGCCAUACAUGGACUGUACCCUGAUUCUUAAUUGGACCAAAGACUGUCAGAGACUGUGCCCUGAUUGGAUAGACUGCCAGCACACACACACACACACACACACACACACACACACACACCGAGGAAUGAAGAAGUCCUCCACUGUAAGAGGACAAACACAUCUCACCACCUCUCAGCUCUCUGCUCGACAUGUCGGAUGCAAAACCUGACGUCAAACAGGACUGGGCAGCAAUAUCACAAAGAUAGUUACCAUGAUGGAACUACUCAUUUCUGUUCUGUCUGGAUCUGAUACGGUUGUUUAUGGCUUAUCAGAUCAUUAUCAUUAUUGUGAUUGAUCUGUGAAAAUGUCAGUCAGUCAGUCAGUCAGUGAGUGGGGUUCAAAUUGAUGUAUUUGUUUGUGUGUUUUUGUCCUUGGCUGCUUGAAAAAGUAUGGAAUGUUUGUUGUAAGAUUCUAUUUAUGUUGUGUACAAAAAGUACAGUGCAAUUAUAUGGUUGAUAAGUAAUUAACGAAACCUGACCAUACCUGAACGCUCAAGUCCAGUAGGUGGCAGUAAUGUACCAUUACAGUUUGUUGCCAACAGCCAUAAAACUCCAACUUGACCUUAACUGGAUAGAUGUACAUGUACAUUCAGAUUUAGAUAGAUAUAUGUCAGAAUAUGAAUCAUAUCAGAGACACAGUGUACAGAGAAAUUGUAUUUAUGACCAUAGAUACAUAUAUUACAGACGAUAUGAGGUGUCUCCUCAUGUACAGUUUAUUCUAAAGACUACAUUCUGUACAGACAAGAGUAUGGAAGGAGCACAGACAAUCCAAUCCCUUUAGCUCUGGUGUUAUGCAGUUAAACUGGGUGUUAUACAGUGGGAAAAUAGGAAAAUGCAGUUCAAAUGGUGAAUGUAGAACUCAUAGCACAACUGAGACAUUAGAGGAGAACUACUACAUGGAUAUCCCUCCUCUUACAGGUGGGGAGAAGAGAACAGAUAGAAGAGGAUGCCAGGUCCCUUCCCUUCAAACUCAUUUCAGUCUGAUAUAUUGUGUUAUGAGAGAGUCCAUUCCAUAUACAGACAGCAGUGUGUAGGAAUGUUCCGUCCCCUCCCCUCAUUAUGUCCUGAAUGUUACUCACUGAGGAAGAUCCCAUGAUUUUACUGGACUCAUCAGACUGGUUAUGUUUUUGUGAUGUCUUACGCACAUGUGACUGGAGGCUUAAACAAUCGUUUUGGUUUGAGAGCAAAACCGAGAUUGCUGGCCACCUUGACCAACCUGCAAUCUGACAGAGGGGUGUGUAGCCUCUCUCUGGUGAGUUGCUUUGCUCCCCUGUUUGGGCUGCUGGGCUGCUCACCUAUUCUAUGUUAAAGCAACAGUUAGACACACCUGUCCUCUGCGUGUGUGACAUCACAGUCUGGUUCUGUAAAAAACAUUUUUUUUUUAAAGUUUGUUCAACAGAACACUCAACAUCUUGCUGUAAACAGUACACUGUAAACAGUACACUGUAAAUUGUACACUGUGCAGUUAGUGUCAGUGGAUGUAAUGCGACAACACAGUGAACCAGCCUUUGUCACUGCCUCUGAUCAAAGCUCUAAGUCAUUACCUAUGUCCCAGUCAUAACAUGGCAGGACACACUGAUACACACUGAUAUACAGUCCAGAUCUAUGGGCUCAGAACCAUAUGGCGCUACUGUUGUUAGUAUAUUAUUAUUUCCAGUGAUCUAUAUAGUGGAUCAUAGUGAACAACUUCAUCAAGUGACCCUACAGAGCUAGUACCCUCAACCAUACUGUCAGUGUCUGAAGGCAUAUCACUGAGCAACUAGGGAGGACAGAUGCAAUUUCCUAAUAAAUUAAGUCCAUAUCAGAGCCUCGAAAUUCAGACACUGAGUCAAGAUGUCACAAAUGUUCAUAAGACAAAUAAACGUGAUUUUAAAGAGGGUUAGUUUUACAGAAAAUGAUGUUGUCGUGCCAACCUUGUUUUGUAUGCAAACCCAUUGGUUGUGUUGAAGUCAUUCUAUGCAACAUAGACCUUGUGUUUGAAUGCAUUUUCUUAACAUGUAAUAUCAGUGAACAUUGUGUCUGAAAAUAUGUAUCUUAUGAAUAGAAUUUUAAUUUAUUUUGGUUUAUAUAUUAUUGAAGAAAAGGAUAAAAAAAAUAGAGAUUGUUUUACUACUUAACAGCUGUUAUCAUGUACAUGAAGCUUGUGCACUUUAGUAUUACAUCGGUGAUUGAUUUCAUUGUCCUGUGUAACGUGUCAUGACAUGCAAGUUGAAGUAUCUGUUCCAGUUAGUGUCUCCAUGUUGAGAUGAUGUUGAGUCAUGUUAUCUGUGCUGUAGGAAGAAGUUCAGACACCACUCUUUUUCAUUUCCAAGGCAAUAGAAAAACAAAAAACAACAUCUACAUUCACAGACAAUUUAAGGUACAUGUUGCUUCACAAUGCACAAAUCUAAGGAGACAUCAAUCUGUAUGUUUGAUACAACCACCAACACAUGUAUGUAUAAAUCAAUGAUGAUGAGUCUGAGGACUGUCCAAGGACCCUUAAUGGUCUCCUUAGAUUUCCCUUAGCUAGAUAGUUAAUAUACAUUGUUCCUAAGUCCGUUGCUAGUAACCGUGAAACCAUUCAAACGUGUAUCUGUUGGGCGUGAAUGUGGCAUACUCAUCUGAUCUGUGUAAAUACAAAGUGUUUUUAUUUUCUAGAGAGAUUGAUGAAUCAUAUUGUCUGAGGUUCGAGCAUGUGAGUGUAAAAAAAAAAGAAGACAAAAAACUCAAACCUGUCUGUCUGUCUGUCUGUCUGUCUGUCUGUCUGUCUGUCUGUCUGUCUGUCUGUCUGUCUGUCUGUCUGUCUGUCUGUCUGUCUGUCUGUCUGUCUGUCUGUCUGUCUGUCUGCCUGUCUGUCUGUCUGUCUCUAGUGGUGUGUGUGAGGUACUUAUGUGAUCAGACUGUGUUGUCAACCCAUGGGUGUCUGACUGUACAACCAUGUCGCAGACGUCACCGAGCCAACCUGGAUGUUGCAUGUUUUGUUGAUGGUCUGUCAAUAUUUUUGCUUCCAGAUUAUGUUUAAAAAGAGAGAAUAUGUAUAGAUUUAUCGGAAAUGGUAUUCCGACUGUAUAAAGAUUCUGCUUGUAAAAUUGUCUUGUUUUUCAUUCAGUGUAAAAAUGGAGAAUCUAGCGUUCUGGUUUUGUGGUUGUACACAGGAUGUGUUGAGAUAUUAUUAUGCAAAUUGUGCUGUAAAAACCGUCUGUUUACCUAAAGUCUAAAGAAUAAAUAUAAAAAGAGAUUUAUUCCACAA